AUGCCUUUUCUUUAUCGUCUCCACUCACACCAUACUUUAUCGGUACAACAUCUUCGUCAUGCUCUUCAACUAAUCGUUGCAAAACAUGAAUCUCUUCGAACAUCACUCAUAUUUCAUAAACACAACAAUCGACUCAUGCAACAAAUCAUCGACUUCAAUCAGAAUAAUAAUACAUUAUUCACAUUUAUUGAAAGCACUUAUACAACACAUGAACAACUCAAUCAUAUUAUACAUAAAGAAAAAUAUAAUGCUCAACUUUUAAAUUUUUCUCAAGGUCUAGUCUUUCGAUGUCAUCUUGUUUAUUACAAACAAAUCUCCUCAGAUCAUCUCCUGUCUCACAAAGAUCUACUUAUUUUCAACUUUCAUCAUGCUCUGUUUGACUUUCCAUCAAUGAAUAUAUUUCUUCAUGAUCUUAACCAAGCAUAUACAACAGGUCAAUUAUUAUAUGAUGAUAAUACUAAUCUACGUUACCUCGAUUAUGCUGUUAUUGAACAACAAAUGUCAAUGACUGAUGCAAGCAUGUUUUGGCUUGACACUCUUCAUGAUUGUAAACUAGAUCAACCUUUAUCAUUACCAUUUGAUCGAUAUCGUCUUGCAAAUGAACAUCGAACUGGUCGUGGAACAUCUAUUUCUUUUGAUUUUGGUCAAGAUCUCUUACAUCACUUCCAUACACAUGCUUCAUCAAAUAACAUGUCACUUGAACAUCUUACAUUUGCUAUUUAUUUCAUCUUUCUAUUUAAAUUAACUAAUGGAAAAACAGAUUUAUGUAUUUCAAUGAAUAUUGAUAAUCGGUAUAGAGAUGAACUAAAAUCAAUCAUUGGAUUGUUUGAGAAUGUCUUGCCAUUACGGUGUCAACUAGAUCCUCACUGGUCUUUUCAUCAAUUACUCGAGUAUGUUCAAGAGAUAACAACAAAUAGUAUGAAAUAUUCAUAUUUUCCGCUUCAACGUAUUCUCGAUCAACAUCCACAUAUUUCAAAACAUGCAUUUUUGGAUACAUCUUUGGAACUUAUAUCAUACAAGAAUAAUAAUACAGUGAUAAUUGGUGAUUCUCAGCUUGUUCCAGCAUCUAUCUUAUUCAAUAUUAAUGAAGAUGACAUACUAAGUGCAUCCGACUUUUCUCUUUCUAUUAAUCGUGACUUGAACAUGCAUCAACUAUCAUGUACAAUCAAUGCAUCACUUGACUUGUUCAAUAGAGACACAGUGGAGAAGAUUUCACAGAGAUUUCAUUCCAUUUUACAUCAAUUAUCUACAUCUAUUACCGCCAGUCAAAUAAACAAACAAAUCUACGAAAUACAAUUAGGAUUGCCAAAUGAACAAUAUCUAAUACAAUCAUUAAAUAACACACAAAUAUCAUUUCCAUCUUCUCUCACUUGUAUUCAUCAUGAGUUUGCAUAUCAAGUAAUGAGACAUCCACAAAAACUAGCUGUUGAACUGGAUGAUCAAUCAUUGACAUAUUGUGAACUCUUACAUUAUGUUCAAGUCUUAUCUUUAGCUCUUGUUAAUGAGUACUAUAUCUUUCCAGGUGAAAUAGUUUGUCAAUGUGUUGAGCGAAGUUUGUCAAUGGUGAUCGGUAUUAUGGGAAUUGAGAUGGCUGGUGGCGUUUAUUGUCCAUUAUCACCUCGAGAUCCACAACAUCGUUUGCAUGCACUCACUCAACAAACACAAAGUCGUCUUGUUCUUUUUCAUCAUUUAACUAAGACCAAGUUCGAUCAUGAUAUUGUUUCACUUGAUAUUAAUUCUAUAUUAAAUGUGAAUAAUAUGGAUAGUGACAUGAAUUAUAGUUGCCCUUCAAAUAUGAAACUGAAAGGGGAAGAAAUAGCUUACAUUAUUUUCACAAGUGGUUCAACUGGAACACCCAAAGCGGUUCAAGUUCGACAUAAGAACUUUAUUGAUUGUAUACAUUCUUUAGUUUAUAUUAACUCAUUUAAUAAAGAUGAUACAGUUGUACAAAUGACACGAUGUUCAUUUGAUAUUCAUGUUCAAGAGAUACUUGGUGAACCUUUUUCUAUUCCUAUAAUUGAUUUGAUUGUGAAAAUCGAUAUAACAGAUUGUAUUGUAUGGAAUUUGUAUGGUCCAGCUGAAACAACCAUAGACUGCACAGUUCAUCGUGUGAACGUCAAAAAUGAUACGCAGAGCAUUUCAAUUGGUACACCCCUUUCUAAUUACCGAUGUAUGAUUAUGAAUGAAUAUUUACAAUCAUCUGUUACCAAUCAAGAAGGAGAGUUGUUUGUAGGGGGAGUAGGUGUUUUUGCUAGUUAUCUUGGUCGUGAUGAUUUGACUGCAAAAGCUCUUGUUCAUAUAGAUGGUGAACCAUUUUAUCGAACAGGUGAUCUUGUUACAAUGGAUAACAAUGGUCUUCUUCAUUAUCAAGGAAGAAAAGAUCAUCAAAUCAAACUUCAUGGACAACGAAUCGAACUUGGUGAAAUCGAACGAUGUUUACUUAACAUUACAUCCAUCUCAGCUUGUGUUGUCAUGAAAUGGAAGGAUGAUUAUUUAGUUGCAUAUGUUCAAUCUUCUCUUAUUAAUGAACAGGAAUUGCGUGAACACUGUCAAUCUCAUCUCCCACCACAUAUGAUUCCAUCAGUAUUCAUUAUACUAGAUAAAUUACCAUUGAAUCAAAAUGGAAAAAUAGAUCGAAAACGUCUACCUUCACCUAAGUUCGCAUCGUCAACUGCUAAUAUUGAUGGUAAUAUGCUGCGAAACACUCUAGAACAACAGCUACAAAAUAUAUUUAGUCAAGCCUUCCAUAUUGAAUCCCCUCAUGUGGAAGCUUCUUUUGGUCAACUUGGUGGAACGUCGCUGGGUGCUAUUCUUGCACUUACAUUGAUCCGUCAGCAGGUAUGCAACAAAGUUGACAUUGGUCUUUUAUUUAACAAUCCAUCUAUUCGACAAUUGGCUCAAGCUAUAAAACCUUUAUUAGUUGUCGUAGAACUCCAGGACACAGGUUGCACAGUCAAUGAAAUCCAUGAAACAGAAGUUCGUCUGACACCUUCAUUUGUCGUCGAAUCUUUUGGUAUUGUACUCCUUUAUUGCCAGUGGUUGUUGCCAAUCAUGAUAAUUCAUCAGUGGUGUCCACUUCUUUUUCCUGUUUUACCAAUAUGUCAUCUUCUAUUCUAUGUCAUAUGUUCACGUCUACUAUUACCAGAAAAUUUUAAAGGAGGCGAUGUGUUCUCUUGGAACUAUUAUCGUUGGUGGUUUUUAGAUCGACUAUGGAAUAACAAUACAUUUUGGCUGCAACACAUACUUGGUACACCUUUAUACAAUUACUAUCUUCGUCUUUGCGGUGCUCGGAUUAGUGUCAGUGCACAUAUUUAUACUAUAACUAUUGAUGCUCCAUGGUUGUUAGAUAUCGGUGAUGGAACUUGGAUUGCUGAUAAAACGAUACUAAGCUCUUUAUAUUUCAAUGAUAGUACUACUUUUGCAUUACAUUCAAUUAAAAUUGGUUGCAAUUGUUCAAUCAGUGCUCGAUCAAUUCUAUUUGAUGGAGUUGAUAUGCAAGAUAAUAUUAUUGUUCAGCCUAUGUCAUCAGUCACUGGUUUUAUUGCAUCUCAAACAAUUAUCGACGGUGACGAACAUAAAUUGGCUUCGUCAGACAUUUCGAUCAUACAUAGUAACCGAUCAUUAUCAAUAUGGCAGAAGAUCUAUCAAGUUGUCACAAUCAUCUCACUCAUUUGUAUUCAUUGUACACUCUUAGCUAUUGUCUACAAAAUUUCUUCAGUUGAGCAAAUACCACUACCGAUUAGUAUUGCUUUAUGUUGGACUUUGUGGUCAAUUGUUGCUUGCUUUGUCACUCUCGUUCUCUUAAAAUUCGUAGUCGGUUCUUGUACUGCUGGUGAGACAUAUUCAAUUGUAUCAUGGUCAUAUUUACAUAAGAUUUGGCUUCGUCAAUUGAUUGUAUCUAGUUUUUAUCAUGCCUGGUUAUUACUAACUGUUUACCAUCAUCUUUACCCUUUUAUUCUUCGUUGGCUAGGUGCUCAAGUUGAAGAUGAUGUCAGAAUUGGCUUUAUAUAUCCCUACUUGUGGUAUCCAACAAAUCUGUUGAAAAUCGGAUCAGGAGUUACUAGUUUUGGUCACCUUUUAUUAGUUCCUGCUGAGAUGACACUUGAGGGUGACCAUCGUGUAGACUGGAUAACACUCGGAUCUCAUACAAACCUUGGCAAUAUAUGUUCAAUUUUGCCGGGUAGUUAUCUUGCAUCUGAUACUAUGGUUGGCAAUUUAACGCGUAUUAGUCGAGAAACGAAUAGCAACAAUAGAGAUGUUUUCAUUGGUGUUCCAGCUCGUGCUAUGCCAUUUCGAAUGCCUAUUAGAGAAGCGAUGGAAGGUCAAAUGAAAACUAUUCCACUUUGGAAAACUUGUUUUUCUCAUUGUAUUAGUAAAUGUCUUCUCGUAGACAUCUAUUGGUCAUGUGGGCUUGUUGGUGGACCAAUAAUUCAUACAAUGAUUGUUUACAGUUUCUAUCGAUUGUAUUCAUAUGCAGAUAAUGAAAUAAUUAAACAAAUAAUAGGAAGACUACAAAAAGAUCAUCAAAUUUUGAUCGGUCCAUUACUUGGCAAUACACAAUGGCUAAUUCGGUUAUUUCGGGCACAUGGUGCGAACAUCGGCGACAAUGUGAUCAUACCCGAUGUUCUUUCUAUUUCUGAUUACCAUUUGGUGACUAUUGGAGAUCAUGUUCGACUUAGUAUCAGCGCUCAUAUUGUGUGUCAUACUUUCGAACAACGUAUUUUUAAACAAGCUCCUGUUACUGUAGGCAACUCGUGCGUUCUUAUGAGUUGGUCAAUGGUAAUGCCAGGUUGUAAAUUGAUGGGUAACAAUCGGCUUUAUCCUUUUACACUCGUAAUGAAGAAUGAUGUAUUGCAAUCAGACACACAAUGGAAAGGACUUCCUGCACAAUCUUAUGCAGCAAAAUCAAUAUUACCUCGAUCUGCAUCCACUUGUGAUGAUGUUGUCAAAUGUCAACAGAAAUCUGAGAACUUUGAUCGACUGUCUUUGUGGUAUAAAAAAAUUUCAAGUAUCUAUACGAAUGUCAAUGAACUACAAUUUAUGAAUUGGGGCUAUGCAGAUUUGGAGGAACAUAUCGAUGACAAUACUGGUUAUUAUUCGGAGAAACUUUAUCAACAGGUUCUUGCUAAUGUAACACUUCCAGAUAAAAAUAUACUCGAAGUAGGUUGUGGUAGAGGUGCUGGUGCUGCCUGGUGUGUUCGUACAUAUGCUCCUCGCUCUUAUGUUGGAAUAGAUCCUUUUCGAGAUGUUAUUAACCUGUGUGAACAACUUUAUUCGACAAUUCCUCGACUCUCAUUUAUAAUAGCUGAUCCAAAAACUCAUUUACCAUUUCAGAAUGAGUCUCUGGAUAUUGUUCUUUCGAUUGAAACAACAAAAAUUUUUGAUGAAAUAGUAGCAGUGAAGGAAUUCAUCGAUGAAGUUACUCGUGUGCUUACUCCUAAUGGAUACUUUCUCUGGUGUGGCUUAUGUAAUGUAGAUGGAUCAAAUGUAUUGAUUGAUUAUUUAACAGCAAAUAAUGCAUUUAUUAUUGAAGAGAAGGUCAAUAUUACCACAAAUGUUCUUCAUGCACUUGAUAUUCAAAGUAACUCACGUGCUGACUUUAUUGACCGUUAUGUUCAACCUGAAGAACAAGAAUAUUUUCGUUGGUUUGCUGGAUUACCUGGUACUCAAAUUUAUGAAGACAUGAGCCAAGGACUUUCGCAAUAUUGGCGCGUUGUAUUUCGAAAGAAGUCAACAAGUAUGCUUGUUAUCUGA